AUGGCGGUCAAACUACCAAGUUUCCCGAAGAUUUACAAUAUCUACUUCCUAGCAUGUGUCGCGACCAUGGGCGGGAUGCUCUUCGGUUUCGAUAUCUCUUCCAUGUCCGCCAUCGUCAUCACACCACAGUACAUCGAUUACUUCAACAACCCGCAUGGCGUCCAACAGGGCGCCAUUGGAUCUGCUCUUGCGGCUGGCUCCGUCCUUGGAUCCAUCAUAGCCGGCCCCAUCUCUGACAAGAUCGGCCGUCGAGACUCAAUCAUGUUCGCAUGUUUAUGGUGGCUUGUCGGCACUGCCGUGCAAGUUGCUACUACCAACCAAGGGAUGUUGAUCGCUGGUCGCAUUUUGAAUGGAGUGACUGUUGGCAUCACCAGCUCUCAAGUCCCCGUGUACCUCGCUGAGGUCGCAAAGAAGGACAAGCGAGGUGCGAUCAUCAUGAUCCAGCAGUUGGCUAUUGAAUGGGGCAUUCUCAUCAUGUUCUUCAUCGGCUACGGCUGCUCCUUUAUUGAUGGACCAGCCUCCUUCCGCACUGCUUGGGGGCUGCAGUUCGUCCCUUGCAUCAUGCUCAUGAUCGGACUUCCUUUCCUACCUCGCUCACCGCGCUGGCUGGCGAAAGUGGACAGAACUGAGGAGGCGAUCUUUGUUUUGGCCCAGAUCCAGGCGAACGGUCGUGUCGACGAUCCUCUGGUGAUUGCGGAGUUCGAAGAGAUCUUGACCGUGCUGCGAGCAGAAAGAGAGGAGGGCAAAGCCGGGUGGCGGAAGUUUGUCAAGAACGGGAUGUGGAAACGUACUCUUGCCGGUUUCACCGUGCAAGCAUGGCAACAGAUGAGCGGGGCGAACGUGAUGACAUACUACAUCGUGUAUGUUUUCCAAAUGGCUGGAUUGGAAGGCAACAUCAAUCUCAUCUCCUCUGGAGUCCAAUACGCGCUAUUCAUCAUCUUCACCUCGAUAAUGUUCUUCUUCGUCGAUAAGAUCGGCCGUCGUACGCUAUUGGUAUAUGGCGCAAUUGCUAUGGGUAUCUGCCAUAUUGUUGUUGGCAGUGUGCUGGGAGCCCGUUACACCUACGUUCCCGAGGGUGUUGGCGGCAACUUAAACGUUCUGAUGAAGGUUUCAGGGGGAGCGAGCAGUACUGUGAUUGCCUUUUCAUACCUACUGAUCAUCGCCUACGCUCUCACACUCGCGCCCGUGUGCUGGAUCUACGCGGCUGAGGUUUGGUCCCUUGGUACUCGAGCCACCGGGAUGGGUAUCGCUUCCCUAGGCAACUGGCUAUUCAAUUUUGCCCUAGGGAUGUUCAUCCCACCGGCAUUCCGAAACAUUCUCUGGAAGACGUUCAUCAUCUUCGGUGUCUUGUGCUUCGCCGCAGCGGGUCAUUUCUUCAUUGCUUAUCCGGAGACGUGUGGAAAGACCAUCGAGGAAAUCGAGCACCUCUUCUCCAAGGAUGGACCCCAGCCGUGGAAGACCACCAAGGGCAAUUCGAGGCUGGAUAGGGAGGUUGAGGAGGUGAUUGAGGCUCAGAAAAGGGGAGAGAAGACCACCGUGGAGGACAUUACGCAUGAUGUUGUCCGUCCCGAGGACAAAGUCUGA